UCUAAGAAGUCCUUUCUAUCAGUAAUCCAACUACCUUACUGAUCAGAACAAGCUGGAAAUUUAGUGUAACAACGUUAGUUUUUUAACAAAAUUUUGUAAAUGUAUUUUUAAAACUAAAAUAGAAAAUAAAUUGGCAACCUGGAGAAAAAGGCGAAUUAACCAAAUGAUUUCCAUCCUUCGAUAGUAUUUUUGAACAACACAACAAGACAAGAUGGAGUUCCUAAGAAAAGGAAAGUGCCUUUUUAAGUUGGCGAAGAAUACGGCUAAGCUGCAGACUCGAAAUACACUCUUCAAAAUAAUGCUAACCUCAAGCUGUAGCUUACGCUCCUAUAGCACCACUGAUGAAAACUCUGAUCAGCCAAACCUAUUGAAGUACCAUGUUUUACCCCUAGAGGAAACGUUAAAUCGUUUUAUGACCACUGUAGAACCAUUGCUGACACCCGAUGAGCUGAAAGAACAAGAGGAUAUCACUUCUAAAUUCCUAAAGAAAGAAGGUGCGGAAUUACAAAAGAUCUUGGAAGAAGUCGGUAGUCAGGAAAAGAAUUGGUUAGCCCAUCGCUGGCUAAAGGUUGGCUACUUAAAGUUUCGGUCGCCAGUCACUGCCUUUGUAAGUCCAGGGAUGACUUUUCCCAAACAAAGCUUUGAAAAUCCAAACCAAUUUGUGGACUAUACGUCCAGAGUUAUCUUUGGAUUGGGUGAGUUUAAUGACUUGGUUCAUGCCAAAAAGAUUCCGAUUGUUAAAAUGGGAAAGAACGAGUUGGACAACAGCCAGUUUGGCAAAGUAUUCGGAACAUGUCGAAUACCAAGAAGGACCACCGACGAGAUCAUCUAUAAUCCCUGUUCCGAUUAUGUGGUGAUAAUCUACAGGAAUCAUUUUUACAAAUUGAAAAUAUAUAAUGAAGAGGGAAAACUGAUUAAUGCUCCAUGUUUGGCUGCUCAACUCGAAGAGAUCAUGACGAAGGAGAAGAAAAUGGGAGUUCCCUAUGGUAUCAUGACCACCGACUCGAGAGACAACUGGGCGGAGGCCUAUGGCCAUUUAUCGAAGAGAGCUCGUAACAAGGAUGCCCUUAAGACCAUUCAGAAAUCUCUAUUCACUGUCUCUCUGGACUGUUGUACUACUCCAAAAGAAGGUCAGGAUGCCGAAGAGUUGAUUCUCUCACUGAUCCAUGGAAAUGGCAGCAAUUCCAACAGUGGUAACCGCUGGAUGGAUAAGACGAUUCAACUGGUUGUUAACCCCAACGGCAAUGUGGGAUUCACCUACGAGCACUCGCCAGCUGAGGGCCAACCCAUUGCAAUGAUGAUGGACUAUGUGGUGAAGAAGCUGAAAGAUGAUCCUAGCUACGGGGAGACCGGAGAAGACGACUUUACUCCGGCAGAGAAAAUACAAUUUUGUCCACUUAGUCCUUGCGAAGAGCAAUGGUUGAUUAUCGCCCAGAGGAACAUUGAUAAACUGGUAAAGCAGCUUCAAAUGAAGGUUCUCAAGUUCGACGGCUAUGGAAAGGAUUUUAUCAAGAAACAAAAGCUUGGCCCCGAUAGUUUCAUACAGAUUGCCUUGCAAUUGGCCUUCUUUAAAUUGCAUAAUGAGCCAGCUGCUCAGUAUGAGUCCGCCCAUUUGCGGAUCUUUGAUGGCGGUCGAACUGAAACUAUACGUUCCUGUUCCAAUCAAUCUUUGGCCUUCUGUCUUGCCAUGCAAGAUCCGAGUUCCUCAGUUCAAGAUCAGGCUAAUAAGCUGCGUGAGGCUGUAAUCUGCCAUCAGAUGUAUGCCAAGCUAGCACUUCAAGGAAGGGGAGUUGAUCGUCAUCUGUUUGGACUGCAGCUAAUGGCUAAGGAAAACGGCUUGCCCAUUCCGGAGUUCUUUGAUUCGCCAGGAUAUGUGAAGUCGUCUCAUUUCCGGGUGUCAACCUCUCAGGUGGCCACGAAAUAUGAUGCUUUUAUGGGCUAUGGACCGUCGACUGACGAUGGAUAUGCCUGCUGCUAUAAUCCACGUGAUUGUGACAUCAUUUUAGCAAUUUCUGCUUGGCGCCACUGCCAAGCAACAGAUCAUCUGAAGUUCGCCAAGGCACUUGUUCAGUCCUUUUCUCAAAUGAAGGUUGUUCUAGAAAAAUGCCCAAUGACAGGGAAGCCGCCAGAGCCUAAGUGCAAUAUUUGAAAAUCUUUAUUAUUAAUAUAUGGUAAAUUUGUAUAUAUUUUGUAUAUAUAUUUGCUGAUAUGAAAUCAAUAAAAAGAAUAAAAAAAACAGGAACUUUUAAGAUUUACACUGUAAAUAUGCAGUCAUCCGUGUUAGGGCGCCAUCUGUCGGUAAAAUAUUACUUUAAGGUGGAUUUAUCAACCAUUUGAAAAAUUGAGCAACU